AUGUCAACCAUAACUUCCUGCUCAUAUCUUUGGAGCUGGGACUCGGUGUAUAUGAAUGAGAUACUACACCACCAAGCCGAAACAAUGGACUCACCACACCAAAUAUUCCUCAUCCCCGAGGUACUGGAACCAGUCCUCCUAAACCUAGACACAACCACCCUCCUCUUCUCACAACGCGUCUGCCACGUCUGGAACUCACUCAUCAAAACAUCCCCAUCCCUCCAAACGGCCUUAUUCUUCCGCCCUCAAAAAGACUCAUCGACAUCGACACCGGCCCUGAAACCUAAGCGCACUGUAAACCCCCUCAUGAACAAGCUCCUGAAACACUUUGUCAGCAACCAUGGAUCAAGUUUCCACAGAGAUAUUAGCUCUUAUCUCUCCCGAUUCGGACCACAAAAGAGCAGUGAUCCCUCCACCACAGAGUUAGAACGUCAACACCCCUACCUCCGCCCUGAAGCCAGCUGGCGAGAAAUGCUCCUCCACCAGCCUCCAGCCCCGACACUGGCGGUCAGUGACGAUCUCAUACCCCUGAGCAUCGGCGGGGUACCAUCUAACGAGUCAAACGCAGUCCUGAGACUGAAGCAUCUAGAGAAGCUAGUCCAAGUGUGUUUCUCAUUCCCAGUGGAAAAAGUUCUCAUCUUCUAUCCUAUGCAUAAUCCACCUUGGGGUCGCGCGCCGGUGUCAAUUCUACGGAGAUUUCUGGAUACUUGUGACACUUAUAUAGUUCCGAGGUAUUUUGUGCUGACGGGAUUGUCUACAGCAGUAGAUGCCCCCGUGGAAUGUGGCUGGCCUGCGGGUCUCCCCUGGCUGACUGAGGUUGGGAGGUGGCUUAAAGAGUGGGAGGCUAUACGGGAGAGCUGGAGGUUGGAGUGCCUUACUCAUUUUAUGUACCUAUAUUUUUAUGGAAGUUGA